AUGUUGGAAGUUUUGAUGGAUAUUUCUUCCACUACUGUUUCUCUAUCUUAUGAAGAUGGUCGUCCAGUUGAUGGCAAGGGUGUUGAGAGAAAAGUGAUAGAUAGUGUGCAAGAAACCUAUAACAAUGAGUUGGCUGGAAAGGAAUUUGCAUAUGACGGGGAGAAGAGUUUAUUUACUGUUGGUCCUCUCCCAAAUAACAAGCUUGAGUUUACAAUUGUACUUGAGGAUGUUACAUCUAAUAGAAACAAUGGGAAUGCGAGUCAUGAUGGCCAUGAGAGCUCAAAUGCUCAUGACAGGAAGAGAGUUAAACGACCUUAUCGGUAAAAAACCUUUAAAGAGGAGAUUAGCUUUGCUGCAAAGAUUCCCAUGCAGGCCAUUCAAAAUGCACUACGUGGACAGGAAUCAGAAAACUCA